UAUGUAAAUAAGAAUAAGAAUUAUCUCACAUUAUACUAUAUACUACAAAGAAACAUCAAAGAAAAUUCAGCAAGGUGCUACUAGAGGAGUGUGAUUUAGUGUUUGAGUUGUGUUUUACUACUCGAUUUGUACUUGAUUGCUUUCGUCUCGAGAUGAAAAAAAAAGCUUUAGCUUUAGCUGAUUCUGGAGUUAUGCCAGUUUCCGGGAACAAAGAGCCUGGAGUUCUUGCCCGGCAGUCUAAUAACUCUUCGUGUCUUCUUCCUUAUAAGAAGAGGUGGUACUCUUUGCUCUAUCCUCGUGCACCUAUCCAUCCUGAACGUUCUUUUUCUAAUGAAAAUAAAUCCAAGACCAAAGAUUCUGGCUUGGGACAAAGAUCAACCUUGAAUUCUUGUGAUAGUACAGGUAAAUCUGAUGCUACCAAUAAGUAUCUUCUAGAGGUAAAAGAAGAAAGGCCUUUGGGUGUGAAAGUUGACUCUCAGCCUACUAUGCUACCAUUUUUAUCUGUUUCCACGGAAACGAAUCCUUAUACUAGUUCUGGUCCUUCAAGAAAUGUUGACGAUCUAGUGAAACCAGCAUUGGCCGUAAAAUUAGCUGGCCAGGAAGCUAUAGGUACAACAAAAGUUUCUGUCAAGAAAAAAGUCACUGUCAAACAAGGGGAAAGCCACAGUAAACUUGAACUUCCUGCCCAUUCAGGGCACGUUGAACUGUCAUUAGGCCCAAAGAAACCUCAUGUUUCUUCUUUGGUUGAUCCAGAUACUAAGGAGAGUUGUCUGAUGAGUGGAACUGUAAAUCCUUCAAUGCUUUCUCUUUCCUUGAAUAAACGGAAAGACAUUUCCAAGGAAGGAAGUUGCAAGAAUGGAUUGAAUAGCAAGGAUACUGAUGAUACUGCACACACUGAUAGAUCUAACUGGGAUCUGAAUACUCCCAUGGAUUCAUGGGAGGGUUCUGGUGAUGUUGUUCCUGUUCAUGAUACAAGUCAAAUCGAUCUGUUAGGUAAGACAUCUAGUUCACUAGACAGAAAGCCGCCUAUUAGUUCUGCUUUUGUUAUUGGUUCUGAUGGUGAUGGGAAGCAAGUUGUUGGAGCUAGUGAGCAGGAAUUUAAUUUUCCUAUUUCAUCAAUACAUCCUAGCCUACGACACAAGUCUGCAGAUGUGCUUCGUCUUAGUCUUGGUAGUACUUUACGAGGGUUUGAUUCCUCAGCACUGCAGUCAUUGUAUAAAGUAGACUCCAGCAGGGUUAGUCCAAACUCAAGUUUGCUGAAAAAUUUAGCAUUGGAUAGAAACAUGAAUCCCCAUACUUGUAAAACUGUUAAGUCAGAACCUGUUGUAGAAGCCUUAGUACAAACUAAUGCUGGAACUGCGGUUCGUACAGCUGGAACAUUCGAGGCUAAUGUUGUAAAAACUGAGGUUGUGAGGAAGAAUCUGCAGUCUAUUGAGUUAUCAACUAAGGGCCCUCCGGAAUUACUUGAGCAAAAACCAAUGAAAUGUGAACCACUCCAGGAAAUAUCCAUGACAUCAGAUGUGAUUGCGCCCCAAUCAGUUGGAAGGGUUUUGCAGCUUCAGGAGAGUUCUUCUUCUUCUUCUACACUGCCAAUGCCUUUGACCCCUCAACAGGGAUGCACUUCUAGAUUGUCUACUUGUUCAGAUUUGUCUGUGAGUGGUGGGGACUUGUCCACUCCAUCUGAGUACUCUGUUCAUACUAAUGAACCUAAUAGGAGUAAAAAUGCUCUAGAUCAGGCAAAUGAUGAUAUUGCUGCUCAAAAUGCAGACUUUGACCUCAAAGAACUAAAUGUAUGCAGUGUUAAGGUGGAGGCAUCUGUUUCCGGGAGCAUGAAUAUUGAAGAUCACACGGUAUACAAAAAGACACAAGACACACACAAUUUGGUUGCAAGUGGUGAGGGAUUGGCAAAUGAUGGGGAAAAGAUAAGUAUAUCAGCUUGUACAGAAGAAGAAUGUUAUGGUUCUGAUUAUGAAUCUGAUGGUCAUCAGGCUUUUGCGGGACAUGUUGACACUGAGAGUGUGGGGUGUGUCAGAGAGGAUGAUGAAUAUGAAGACGGCGAGGUCCGAGAACCAAUGAUGCAGUUGAUUGUAGAAGACCCAAUUGCUGAGGGGAUGGAUUCAGGAAAAAAUAAAAAUGAUCAUAAAGGCAUUAAUCUGGGAGGUCCAUUAUUAGAUAAAGAUGAAACAACCAGAGAUGAUGAGCAGAGGCCUGUUAGAGCUAUUUACCAAGGAUCAGUUGAUCAAUCAGGAAUAGCAGAUGUGCAGGAGGGAUGUGAAAAGGAUGUCUUAUGUGUCAGACCAUCUGCUGGGAGCAGAGGAGCUGUCAGGAAUGUUUGUGAGGCUAAUGAUGAGUAUAUUGGAAGAUCUGAUAUGUCAGCAACAGCCCUUUCAUCUUUGCAAAAUGCUGAAACACCUGUUAAUACUACCUGUAGUAAAGAUUUGUCAAAUUUUGGAAGCAAGAGCCGGAUCAUCAGUUUACCCCGUGCAUCCAAUGUGACAUCUUCUAGUGAUUUCAGACCUGUAAUGGGCAGGUCGUUGUCUUCAAGAAGUGGAAGAGAGAGGUAUUCUUAUGCGGAGGAGGAGAAAUUCCAUCUACGAAGGAAUAGAGAUGAAAUCUAUGGUCAUGGUUCUAAAUUUGUGCUAGAUAGGUCUCCAGACCGUUCAUUUGAUAGCUCAAGGGGGAACUUCAUGCGUGGAAGAGGGAGGGGCUCGGACCGAUUUCACAAAUCACGUAGAGAUAGGGAUUCUGGGCGUGAUUUUGAAAGCUAUGGAGGUGUAGCUGAUUAUCGCUUUAGACAUAAACGUACAGCUGCUGUUGGGGAAUAUGAAAAUGAACGUAAUGCCUAUGAUAGUAGACUAGAUGGUGCUGCCUUUGGUAGUAAUAGGAGGAGGAAGCCAUUAAAUGAUGAAUUGCCUUCAUUUCGACAUCCACCUGCACGUCGACUGUCCCCCAAUGGAAGAGAAGAUGCUGCCGCAAUGGGCAUUCAAAUGCUUCGUAGAGCUCCCAGGAAUAUCAGCCCAAGCAGAUGCACUGGUGAAGAUGGCUCUGAGUAUGUUGGUCCUUGGCAUAGUGAGAAGUUUGACAGAAACUUUCCAGCAGAUAUUAGUGAUCCUGUUUAUAGUCACCAGCAAUCUAUGUAUGAUAGACCUGAUGCUCAUUUCGUUCAGGGUAAUACAAGGUUUACCGCGAUACAGAGAAGAGAUUUCCCUCGAACUCAGUCUAAAUCUCCUGUUAGAUCCUGUACUUGGUCGUCUCCUCGGAGGAGAUUGACGGAAGGAUUGAAUGGUCAUCAAGAUUCAUCUCAGCACAGGUCUCCGGUUAUGUACAGGGAAGAUAAAAUGAGGUCUUCUCCACAAACUUCUUUUACUAAUGAAGCAAUAGCUCCUCAAAGGCGUGACUCACCAUCUUAUGCUGCUCGUCGUCUGAAUGAUAUGAGGGAUGUGGAUGCUGUACAGGAGCACAGGCAUUCCAGGUCUCUUUCUAACAGAAGAAGUCCACCUGAUCAGGUAUUUACUAGUACCAGUAGGAGAGUUGAGAUUUUAGAUCAUCGGGAGAGGGCUGAUGGUGAUGCGUACUUAGAUGUGCCGAUACACACUGGUAGGUUUCCUGAGCUUCACAGUGGUGAAAGUACUGACAAAAGAAGGAAGUAUGGCGAGAGGCAAGGAGAACAUAGGCAAAUAAGAAAUGCUGAAGAGCAAGAUGGUGGUAAUUUUAGACAGAGUAAACAACUUUGGCAUGAAGACGAAUUUGAUGUCUCCAGAUUGAAGAAAAGAAGAUUUUGACUUGAUAGCUCACUGAACCUGUACUAUUAGCAGUUGCCAUGGGAAACACUGUUUUACAGAAGAUGGGUAACAGUAACAUGCUCUUGUAUUAUAGAAGAAGAGAGAUUUCUGAAAGCAUCUAGAUGAAUGAUAAUUGUAGAAGAGAAAGAACGCGACUCUAGACACAGUGGGGUAUCUCCUUAUUGAAAAACAGUUUUUGACUUAAUAGAUGAUCUAACCUUGAAUCUAUGGGGAAGUACGCAUUUAUACAUGUUUUUUGCUUCAAUCUUGUUGCUAGUAGGCUGUUCAAGGAGCGCGCUUCUUACCAUUGCUGCCUGUACUUUGUUGUUCCAGAAGGAGUAAAGAACUAGUUUAAGUUGCUCUA